AGUCUGGGAAGGUUUGCGAGUCCCCUGAAGUGUGGCUGUGUGUUGAGUAGCAUGACGAGCUUUCUACCCGCUCUGAUUCAUAACAGCACACGGUGCACAUCAAAUGGAAAAGCUCACAGUUCCCGUUUAUUCGCUGUUAGUUAACCAAGAGGCUCCCAGCAGCCCUGCAAACAUAGCCAUACCUUGGUAGUAAAGUCAGCUCCCUCCCCAGAAUGUUGGAACCACUGAACGAGGGCUUGCUUUCUAGAAUUUCUGACGUGCUGCUGUGUGGCUGGACUUGUCAACACUGCUGUCAGAGGUGCUAUGAGUCCAGCUGCUGCCAGUCCAGUGAGGAUGAAGUGGAGAUCUUGGGACCUUUCCCUGCCCAGACUCCUCCAUGGCUGAUGGCCAGCCGGAGCAAUGACAAGGAUGGUGACUCCGUGCACACAGCUAGCGAUGUUCCUUUGACCCCAAGGACCAACUCCCCCGAUGGGAGACGCUCAUCCUCAGAUACAUCCAAGUCCACGUACAGCCUGACUCGGAGAAUCUCCAGUCUGGAUUCCCGACGCCCCAGCUCUCCACUCAUUGACAUCAAACCUAUUGAGUUCGGCGUUCUCAGUGCCAAGAAGGAGCCCAUCCAGCCAUCUGUGCUGCGCCGGACCUACACCCCCGAUGACUACUUCAGGAAGUUUGAGCCCCGACUUUACUCCCUUGACUCGAAUCUUGAUGACGUAGACUCUCUGACCGAUGAGGAGAUCAUGUCCAAGUAUCAGCUGGGCAUGCUGCACUUCAGCACACAGUAUGACCUGCUACACAACCACCUCACCGUGAGGGUGAUCGAGGCCCGGGACCUACCACCUCCAAUCUCCCAUGAUGGCUCCCGCCAGGACAUGGCUCACUCCAAUCCCUACGUCAAGAUCUGCCUCCUGCCUGACCAGAAGAACUCCAAGCAGACAGGAGUCAAACGCAAGACCCAGAAGCCUGUGUUUGAGGAACGCUACACCUUCGAGAUCCCCUUCCUAGAAGCCCAGAGGAGGACCCUGCUGCUCACUGUGGUGGAUUUUGACAAAUUUUCCCGCCACUGUGUGAUUGGGAAAGUAGCGGUGCCUUUGUGUGAGGUGGACUUGGUGAAGGGUGGCCACUGGUGGAGGGCUCUGAUCCCCAGUUCUCAGGGGCUCUCACGGAACCUGGAGUAG